GGCGGGCCAAGAUGGCGGCGUCCUGUGUGGCUCUGCUCUUUCUGUCCCUGUUUCUACCGCUACUGCUGCUGGGCGGGUGGAAGCGCUGGCAGCGUGGGCGCGCGGCUCGGCACGUAGUGGUCGUGGUGUUGGGCGACGUGGGCCGCAGCCCCCGUAUGCAGUAUCACGCGCUGUCGUUGGCUAAGUGCGGUUUCUCCGUGACUCUGCUGGGGUUCUGCAACUCCAAACCCCACAAUGAACUCUUGGAGAGUGACAGGAUUCAAAUUGUGAAGUUGACCGAAUUUCAGAGUCUUGCAGUUGGGCCCCGGGUUCUCCGGUAUGGGAUCAAAGUUGUAUUUCAAGCAGUGUACUUGCUGUGGAAGUUAAUGUGGCAGGAGCCAUCAACCUACAUCUUUCUCCAGAAUCCUCCAGGCCUGCCGAGCAUUUCUGUCUGCUGGCUGGUGGGCUGCCUGUGCGGAAGCAAAUUGGUCAUUGACUGGCACAACUAUGGCUACUCCAUCAUGGGCCUGGUGCAUGGUGUGACACACCCAAUUGUCCUGCUCGCCAAGUGGUAUGAGAAGCUCUUUGGGCGCUUAUCCCAUUUGAAUCUAUGUGUGACCAAUGCUAUGCGGGAAGACCUGGCGGAGAACUGGCGCAUCAGGGCGGUGACACUCUACGACAAGCCAGCGUCUUUUUUUAAGGAGACACCCCUGGACUUGCAGCACGAACUCUUCAUGAAGCUGGGUCGCACCCACUCUCUGUUUAGGGCCUGCUUGGAGCCCUCAGACCCAACCACAGAGAGGUCAGCCUUCACUGAGCGGGAUGCUCAGACCAGGGUGGUGACUCGUCUUUGCAGGCGGCCAGCACUGCUGGUCAGCAGCACAAGCUGGACAGAAGACGAGGACUUCUCUAUCCUGCUGGCAGCAUUGGAAAAGUUUGAACAAGUGGCAUCUGAUGGAGACAGCCUUCCUUCUUUAGUCUGUGUGAUAACAGGCAGAGGGCCGCUGAAGGAACACUACACCCGCCUCAUCAGCCAGAAGCGGUUCCAGCGCAUCCAGGUCUGCACCCCAUGGCUGGAGGCUGAGGACUACCCCCUGCUUCUAGGGUCUGCAGACCUGGGCGUCUGUCUGCACAAGUCCUCCAGUGGUCUGGACCUGCCCAUGAAGGUGGUGGACAUGUUCGGGUGCUGCUUGCCUGUGUGUGCUGUGAACUUCAAAUGUUUGCAUGAGCUAGUGAAACAUGGAGAAAAUGGCCUGGUCUUCGAGGACGCGGAGGAACUGGCAUCUCAGCUGCAGAUGCUUUUAUCCAAGUUUCCUGAUCCCGCUGGCAAACUAAACCAGUUCCGGAAGAACCUCCGAGAAUCAGAGCAGCUUCGAUGGGAUGAGAGCUGGCAGCGGACUGUGCUGCCUUUGGUUAUGGACUCGUGAUCCCAUGCCCCUGAGUGGGUUUUGCUGGAUGGUGGAGGUGCAGCUCCCUCUUGUUCACCCAGAAGAUGUGAGGGCCUCCCCUGUGCACCCUCCCCUGCAGCCGUCCUUUCUUUUUUGAGCAGCACUCCCUUCAGUGGUAGAAGCCAGAGGACUGCAAUGGGUGCUGCCUGGGGAGGGACCAGGAGACUGACUGGUCCACUGUGGUCUCUUUAGGUGCUGAAACUACUCCCUUCUUCUGUUCUGAUUGUAUUGUUUUUUUGUUACUUCUUGGGAUCCUUCCACCUUCUUUUUAUGUCUUUUUUUUUUGUCUUCUCUCCCAGCUAUUGUGUCCCUGCAGCCCCAACACCUCCCUGGAAACAGUCCCUCUGCUCUAAGACAGCAAGACAGCACAUAUUGUCUUGGCUUAGUGAGGGGCUGAGUGCUCAGGCUGGGGAAUUACACUUGAUAAAUACAUAGUUUUAUUCCUACAAACAAAACACUUGCCUUUGAGCCAAACUGUGUUCCUCAUGGGUAGUGGUUAUGAACUAGAACUGGACAGAAAGGGGGUACCUAUACACUUAGUUUGUACUUCAUUAGAAUGGGUUGGGGUUCCUCAUUUGGAAUUUAACAUUGUUCAGACACUCAAGUACAAUGAAAGUUUUAUCAGCUUUCAUACAUGAAAAACUUCCCACAAUACAGAUUUAUUUUUCAUAAUAAUCGUCCAGACUGUUGGUGAGACCUACAGUAUGAGUUUCAGGAUAGAUGUCUCUAAGUACUCUUCAUAUGGGAACAGCUUCUGCUCACGAGGAGGCACCACUUCCCACUGGAUCCUGGCCUGGCCUGGAAACACAGCACAUGUGUCUGACGAUGGAGGUGGUGUUGGGGACAAGGCAGGCAUCUAUCAGUACAGGGGAGGUAGGACGGGCUGUGGGUGUGUCUGAGUUGGUUUGCUUGGUUCAUAGAUUUCUAGGCCCACCUUGAUGCCCAGAGGCAGCUCCAGGGUAGGACCAGGACAAUAGCAGUGACAUCCAGGUGUGGCCCCAUGCCCACCCUGCCUGUCCAGGGUCCUUACUGCUCUCUUAUCUCUCUGUCAGUCAGUUGGCACAGGAGGAGAGGAGCUGAGAAGUGAACCUUAUCUGCCUGACACCUUUGCCAGCGCUCUUCCUGAAGGCCAGAAGGGCUCCUGUCAUCUAUGCACACAGGCUGGGGAGCUUCUCACCAGGAUGGUUUCCUAAUACAGUUUCUGUUACAGAUGAAGGGUUAGCAUUUAUAAAAAUGAGAUAGUGUAGUAUGGUCCCACCAUCCAAGUGUAACUUGGUGUAUAUUCUAGACAUUGCCUCAGGUCUAGGAACAUGAAGAAAAAUUGGUUUUUCUGCAGUGCUGGGGAUUGGAGCCAGGGCCUUGUGCCUGCUAGACAAGUGUUGUGCUGCUGAUCUACACUCCUACUCCCACAGAAACACAGUGAAUAAAUAUAAGCUUAUUUGUGC